UCUAGCUCGAUGAGGAUACCUCUUUCUCUCAUUGAAUGGCUGAAUGCAGGCGCGCAUCUAGGAGCCAGAGAGACGGCCUGCAAAGCAAAUGGUGAGGUGGGGAAUGAUCCAUGCGCUAUAUUUUGCUUGCUAUAUCACCUCCAUCAGCCUAGGGGUGUGAAGCUGCUGAGGUACAUAUUCAGCCGACCUGGCAGGGCCGCCUCGUCCAAACAUGUCUCUCUCUGAUCCGGUUCUUUCUCCUGCUGUUUCAGGAUUUGCCGCACUUUGGUCGGUGCUUCUGUGGACAUUGUGAGGCGAAACCCCUUUGAUACUCGACUUCGUUAUUACCAAUUGAACAUAUCUCUGUCGGCUCUGCGUUACUUGGAACCAUGGCUGCAAGCAACGCCACAAAGCCAGAGCGGAUGGGUUGUGCAUCUCAGAACAUGGUUUCGUUGCCCAGCAUCACUGACUUACUGGGGAGAGAAUUGGCAGCGCGUCUUUUGCCUCCGCCUCCGCCUCCACCUCCACCUCCACGUUUGUUCGGUCCAGAAUCCAAACCGCCUCGUUCUAAUAGCCUUCCCAUCCUGAGUGUUGACCAUUUUCUUUUGGACCAUUCUCUGCCUUGCAAAGGUCCAAUUCUACCACCACUCUAUAAUGCGGAAGACGAGUCUACCUCUGCUCUUCCAGCCCACGAACAACUCUUAACUCCUCCUCCUACUGUCAGAGGUUCCUCAUCUGUGUGCUCAACGGACACAGAUGUCGACACGGAUGUCGAUGCCGGCAUUGGGCAGCUCCGGACACUUCUCAACGAGCCAGAACCGAAGUUCGUCGCUGCUUUUGAUUUAGCCCAGGAGCUGCUCCAUGACUCUGCAAUUAAGCCAGCCUAUGAUCAGGGCUGGUUCAAGCCUACCUCUCCGACGAACAAGUUCAGCAAACGCAUAGAAGACCGGAUCGCCGGCAAAUCCCUGGAUGAAUUGGUCGAUGGUUUCUUCCGCCGCGACGAGUGUCGGGAACUUUACGGCGAGCGCGUGUCGAAACCUCGCAAGAUAGCGAAGACAGCUCCCGCCGGAGAGACGCAAGGAGUGGAAGAACUCGACCCAGAGUCGAUGGCCAAGAAGAAGAAAAGACAAGAGGCUGACGAGGCACACCGACUCGCCGAGAAUGACAGGCGGGACCGUCAUCGAGAGUCUCAAAUGGAAAGUCAUCGCCGGUGCCCUGAUCUGGCGGCAGAAUGUGGUACAGACCAUGCAAAGGCUGAAAAGAAAACGAGAAUCCAGUCUGGCAAAGGGCCGGGCAAGGACGAUCAGCUCUGGACAGCCAUCUACGCUCAUGAAAUGGCUGGAAGGGUAGUGCAGUCGGUCAACGACCGGCGCAGACGGGCGGAAGAGAUGGUGCAGUUGUUGCUACAGGUCCUGAUCCGACAAAGGGAGUUGCUGGAUAGUCCCCAACGACGCCUGAGCCAUUGUGACUCCACCAUCGACACAUUUCUCUCCCACCCAGGCCAUGUUGGGCGGAAGAGGACGCGGGACGACAUGGAGCGAGAAUCGAGGCGCACCUGGCCCAGCCUCUAGUGAGGGGGCACAACAAGCCAUAAAGGCAAAUCUCAGGCUUUUUAUUUGAGGCAUGUCAGAUGCAGACGAUGGGCAUGACCAUUAUGCCCAAGGCCAGGUCUUAUGCGGGGGAUAAUUUAAGGUUCUGGUCAACAGCCAGACUUCCAAAGGGCGGGAACAUGGUUUGGGAACUAUCCAUGUGGCGUUUGCAGGAGGGGCCAUUUGUACAACAACAUCAAAAGUGGUGGAUAGGACAUAAAGCAUUCGAUAUCGAAUGUGGCUAUAACGCGACAUUCUGGAUGCAAAUAGUUCGAUAGUUGGGAUGGUUGCUGGGGGUUGUUCAUCGCUGUUGUCACUGUCACAGCCUUGCGGGUGAACGGUACAGGUAUUGGG